AUUCUAUUCUAGCGAGAGCUCUUAUCAAGUCGCCGGUUCUGUUUGCCUUUGGUCGGCACUCCUUGAGCUCCUGCCAGUAUACGCAUCCACAUCUCCUGCUUCAACAGCAGUGAAGCGAAGCUUUUCUUUCGAGCUUUUGCGUUUCACCAAUAUUAGUAGCACUCCUUGUUCAUUCGCCGCACUCCAUCGUUCCGUACCAACCUCCUCCUGUCCAACUCCUAACCUACACAUCGGUUCCGUACGCGCCCUCUCAUAGCUUUCUUCGCGUAUAGCUCCAUGGCUCGUGCAAACCGCGUGUAGCCAUGCUACGCGCGCCAAGCCCCUCGAGUGUAACCUACGCAUCUCCUCUUUUCCCCACGAAAUUCUCAGUUGCUCUACGAUAGCGCGAGGUACUAGACAUAGCAAUCCGCGGGUUAACGCAAGAGCCCAGCGAUUUGAGAACGAGAACGACGGCAGUUAGCCGCUUCUCUGCUAAAAACGACUGAAGCGACGGCGGUAGCGCGAGCGACCUUAGAAUGGCGGCGCGUCUCACGCCAUUUCUACUGUCGCUGUUACUCGUAGUCUCGCUGCUACCUUUUCUGGCCCUCGCAGUCACGCCUGCCGAACGGGCAGCCGCACGGGCAGCUUCACGGGCAGCAGGACGGGUAAAUCCGCGAGAAAGCUCGCGGGAGGGGUCAAGGUCAGCCGCGAGGGCAGCGCCGCGAGCAGCACCGCGGGGAGCGCCACGGGCAGCACCGCGCGCAGCACCGCGCGCAGCAGUUGUACAAGCAGCAGCAGCAGCAACGACUAGAUGCGAUCUCAAUAAAGGACGGUGGGAGUAUGACCCCAAGUACAAGCCGGCGUACGGCCCCGUGAGCUGCAAGAGCCUGCGAUCGUACUUCAACUGCCUCGCGAAUGGGCGAAAAGAUCGCAGAUACCUCAACUACGUGUGGCGAAGUCCCGGUUGUAACAUCCAGAGGUUCAAUGCGACGUCGUUCAUGCAACGGUUUCGCAACAAGGUGUUUCUGAACACGGGCGACUCCUUCGCGACUAACUUCGACGCCUCGUUCCGCUGCCUCAUUGGCUCCUACACCAAAACCAAGGAUUUCACGAACAAGGUGUGGGGUAACACUGGAGUGAAGGCGUCGGGUUACUUCGCCAAGGAGUUCAAUUUCACUGUAGUUCGCGUGCCGUCCAACUUCCUCGUCGCGUCCCAACCAAUCGGCGAGGUAUCGAGCGCGGGGGUGUGGCAGGUAGAUUUGGACAAAGUGGAUGACAGCUGGGCCAAGCUGCUGCCAUUCACCCACUACGUGCUCUUCAGCUCUGGCCACUGGUUCAGCCAGGCGUCUGACAACCUCCGGAUAUACCGCCGCAAUGGGCAGCGGAUAAAGCCCCAGUCCGCCCUCCUAACCAUGCAAGAGUCGCUGGCGACGCUCACGCGUCACGUGAAAGCAUCCGGUUACCGCGGCGUGCCGUUCUUCAUCACGUUCACGGCGUUCCACUACUACAACUCGUUCGCCGCCAAGACCGAGAGCUGCGUGGGGUUCACAGACCCGUUCAAGCCCAAGCAGCUGCAAUAUGCGGAAGCCAUGACCGACAUCAUGACGUCAAGAGAUGCCCAGAUGGCGAUCCUAAGACGGGCUCCCCAGUUCAAGAUCGUGGACGUGGCUCGGUCCACCCUUUCCCGCCCGGACGCGCACCAGCAGAUGGCGACAGGCACAGACCGCCCCGACUGCUCCCACUUCUGCGUGCCGGGAGUCCCAGACUCGUGGGUGGACAUCGUUAAUUCUUACAUGAUUGGGACGAUUCGGUAGACAAGGGCUCAAUGAUUGAUGGAGAGAAGGGGGGGGGGGGGGGGAAGAGAAGGGAAGGGGUGAAGGAGUGAGAGAAAGAGGGAGUAAAGAAGGAAAUAUUAUGGGGAUGCUUCUGUGGAUCUGGGAUGCUGCCUGAUGUGAGGCUGCCUGAUCCAUGAGAAACUGACAGGAGGAGCAAGCCUUUACAAUACAUGUAUAGGGGAGGGUGAACGGAUGCCUGUGGCAUCCAGAUUUAUACACUACUACAACAUAAGCGCCGCAAUAAUUUGUGACGCAUGCGUUGCGAUUAAGUCUGUGUAGUUUAGAGCACCCAAUAAACAAGAGGUUGAGUGGGAUAUCCCUAUUCUUAUUCCCUUGUACUGUUGUAAUGGCCUUAAGACAAUAUGAAGUUCAA